AUGUCAGAAAAACCUCUUUCUACGGGCUCAGGGGCGAGCUCCCAUCCUAACCCAUACCAGGAUGUGUCCAGUUGGUGGGCUGCCUUCUUCAAAGGGGGCUUUUCCUGGCGUUGGUUUGGUGGACCUCACCUGUACUUUCGCCCCAACCUCGAGUAUGCCGACUCGACACCGUUUUUCGUCACAGAUGGUUUGGGAAGGGAAAAGGUGUACAACCAGCCGUUCGAAUGCUACAUCGACCCAUUCACCGGAAAGAUUGAGAAACUUUAUGUCCAAGCACCUUCUUCCAUUUGUCUCCUUGGCUCUGUCGACCCCAAUUGCACCUGGAAGCGAACGCCUAUUCGAAAUGUGACACCGUUUCUCUUGCGGGUAGGCAACCUCCCCUUUCGGUUUAUACCGGCCGAGAGGAGGGGUCACAGAUCCAAGUUCACCUUUGAAGAUUGGUGCAUUGUCAUUGGAAUGUGGAUCCCGUCUGUGGCAAUCUUUCUCAUGUCGUGGACGGUGUAUGACCCCUCAGGCCCCGUUGAAGGAAAGGAUCCUACCAAAUAUCUGCCGCUGAUGUACCGCGGCCUAAAGUAUCCUCGCCUGGCCCGCAACAUGCUGGAGAAUCGGCACCAAGUCGCUCAGUUGCUCUACAGGUACACUUCCUGGAAUACCACGGCGGCACUCUCGUCAUACCGGACUUUUCGGCCAAGGUUCCUCAACUACCUGGUGCAGACAGAGCUUCCUGAUGGCCGCAAGUUGUUCUCGUUUGAAACACGCCCGGUGCCUGACAAUGACAUCACCCCAUUCAUCAUGAUUGCCUGGUCUUCGGCACACUAUGAGCUCAAGUCGAGGGACAACGAGUCCGGGCUGCCCCGCAACAACGAGGGCGACCUCGACGCUCUUCUCUCCGUGGGCGUGAAGGCGUCUGUCAAGUACUUUGGGCUCGAGCCUGAGAAGCAGGAUCUACGUCAGCACCCCAAGGCCUUUUGGUGCUCUGCAAACUGUAUGCCGCCGACGAAAAUGGUAGACCACCUUGGAAGAGUGGUUAAUGUGGACGGAGAAGAGAAGGAGCUCCUUGCCAACCAAGAUGUAAGCUCGAUACUCCCAGUCAUUGUUAUCAGCGAUAUUAUUCGAACCGCACAGCAUGUGGCCGUUGUGGUUGGUAACUUGCAAAGACCCUGGGUUCCCAACGCACUCCGUGUGUGGGGUGAACGAGUCUGGACUUUACCAGAGAUCGUUCUCAGCAAGGGUGAGACAGUCACCGUCUGGCACUGCGGCACUCGACCUUCCAUGAAGCCAUACGAAUUCACCAAGAUACCCAAAGCCCUUUUCCCAACCUAUGCAUGGGCAGACGCCUUGAACUCGCGCCAGCUGAUCGAGCACUACGGCAACCUUCACCUCAGCCGUCUCGAGCUCGUCAAGAUUGCUCUAGAGUGCUUGAUGAGCCGCCAUUUCCGUGCGAUGCAUCCAGGCGACCGUGUUUACGUCCUCAUGGGUCUCUUGCGUAUCCGGCCUCCCAUCGACAGCACCGACACUUCCUUCCAGGCCUUUGCUCGUUUGUCUCUGCCUCAGGACAGUGAUCGUCUCAUGGAGCGUCUGAUCUGUCUUUUGCCCGACUUUCCCGGGCAGAACUGGGAGCUCAUGACAGACCAGUACAAGGCUAGCUUGUGGGAUGUGUACCCAAACACGCAGAUCUGCGCCAUUGGCGAAAAUGACACGGUGGUGAUAGACGAUGCCAAGGGCGCCCAGAUUCAGUGGUCAGAGUUCACGCGGGUUCGAACGCUGCGGAAGCUGACGGCGAAGCGUGAAUUCUUCAUCUACUUCCUCGUCUGGUCCCCUUUGGUAUUUUUUAUCGGCGUCAUCCUUGCAGCCCUGUUUCAACCGCCGCCUCCGAUGCCGAACUCCAUGUAUUACUACCCAGCGCCUACCAACCCAGCCUACCAAGCGGGUCUUGCUAUCACGAUCAUCACUCUUCUCUUCUUCAUUCUGCCGGCCCCCUAUUUCCUCUGGCACAUUUACUCUGGAAAGCUUUGGGAAGUGGAGCCGUGCUUCUUUGGAAUUGAAGGCUAUGUUCCCAUCGAGGCGAUUGAAGAGAAGCUGUUUGGUACCAGAGGUAGUCAUGCUCGUCUUCAGUGGAGCACAUGGGGUUCUCCUCUUUCUCGACACACCCAGGGCAGAGUCACUCGGGAGCGGUCGGUCAAGUUCAAGUACCAAGACGCCAUCGACCCUGGAACUGGUAUCCAGAAUGCGGUGCCGGUUCUCAGUCUCGACGGGAACAUUGACACGUAUCAUGUCGAAUCGACAGACCCUACCAGCCCCUGUUCGCACUGCUCAAGCAACGCCAGUGGCGGGCGGUAUUGUAGCUACCAUCCGACCGUGGCUUCCUGUCAGGACAUGAGCCGCAGCAAAAUGGGCCAGAUGAAGGUGUUCACGCUUGUCGACACCUACAACAUGACCGUCACACUGUUUUAUGCUGUCCGUCCUCCCACGGUUCUGGUACUCGGUGGCAGCGAAGGCGGCAUGAAGCGUGCCAUUGCCUGUUCCUUUGAUAUCACGACCGGAACUCUGUACAGGGAAACUGUCUUGAGAAUCCCUUCUCAGAGUGCGGAUCGCAUGGAAGGGCUUGGCCGGCUUCGCCUCGGGCUGGUUCGGCCGUUCCUUGACAAUGAUGUGCGAAAGACACUCUCCAGCCAGCCCGUACAGCAGCAGCAGUCCUCGACAGUCUUUCAGGAGCAGGCCACUCCCACAUCUGUCCAUGUGCCCAUCGUCCACGAACCAAAAAUCUGA